AUUCGUACUCUGCAUGAAAUAUUUGGAAUCGGAUUGCUAACUGAAAAUGGAUUGGUCUCCUGUCUGUCAAUGGACCUCGGACCGUUCUGGUUACACUGCGGCACAGCUUGGAGGGGCCGCGGUAUCAGCAGUAUCGGAGUGUCAUUGAGGGGUUUCAGGAGAACAAGAUCUGUGGAACGUUGAAUUGCUCACUGAAAUAUCCCAUCGGUUCUUGUCGCUGAUGAGAUCUUCCCUUAUGUACCGCUCUUCACAAUGGCAAUAGAAAAGGCUGAUCUGGUGAUUAUCGGUGCUGGAUUAUACGGCAUUCAGAUAGCUAGGACGUAUAUCCAGCUGCAUCCAAGCCAGCACGUCGUCCUCCUCGACGCGGGGGAUUCUCUAGGCGGAACAUGGUCCAAAGAGCGCGUCUACUCCGGCCUCAAAACUAACAACGUCCUGGGAUGGUUCGAGUUCCCAGAUAUGCCCAUCCUUCCGGGAGAGUUUGACGUGCAACCCGGCCAACACAUCAAAAGCAAGGUUGUCAACCAGUACCUUGAGGCCUAUGCAAAGCGUUUCCACGUAUUUGAACGCAUCCGGCUUCGCACCAAAGUUAAUAGCAUCGAGCACGCCGAAAAGGAAGGGUGGUUUAUUAACUGGACCAAACGGGAAGGAAGCAGCGAGUCCAUAAGCGAAAAUGGCACAAUCCACACAUCCAAGCUGGUCCUCGCAACAGGCCACACCAACGAAGCCCUCCUCCCGCGAUUCCAAGGCCAGGAGACAUUCCAAAAACCUUUCUUCCAUACUAAGGACUGGGCGCAACACCAGGAUCUCUUAAAGACUGCUAACGAGGCCGUAAUCUUAGGCGGCGGCAAAUCCGCCUAUGAUGCAGCGUACAUGUGCGCCGAUGCUGGCAUUAAAGUCCAUAUGAUCAUGCGUGCCUCCGGCCACGGCCCAGCCUGGAUGUCGACCAACAAAGCAACCCCCCUAAAUCUCGACCUGGAGAGCUUGCCGACGCGGCGCAUCGUGGGGCUCUUCAGCCCGUGUAUCUUUGCCGAUUACAGCCCCUACGGUCUCAUCCGCCGCUUCCUGCACCAAACCUGGCUCGGACAGCAGCUCACCCGCGCGUUCUGGAAACUCGUCGAGAACGACACACUGCAAACGAGCGGAAUCCUCGGCCACCCAGGGUCCGAGAAGUUAAUGCCAUGGAGCCCCUUUUUCUGGAGCGGAACAAGCUGCAGCAUCCUGAACCACGACAAGGACUUCUACUGCUUCGUGCGAGACGGCACGGUCGAGGUACACAUCGCCGACGUCAAGCAACUAGCCAACGGCGACGCCGUUGUGCUCUCCACCGGCGAAACCCUCCGCACCGACGCCAUCGUCUGCGCCACAAGCUGGAAAGACCGCCCGACGCUAAACUUCCUCCCCUCCGGCUCGGACGCCAAACUAGGCCUACCGCACUAUUCCGGUGACCCGGGCUUCGGCGGCCGAUUCGCGCGCGCCGACGAGGAGAUCUUCGCUAGAGUCCCACUGCUGCGCGAUCAACCCGUUAUAAAUCGGAACAUGGCCAAACUUCCCACCGCGCAGGACGAGCCCUUCGACCCUACGCGUUGCAAUAUGCCCUACCUGCUAUACCGGUUCAUGGUCCCGCCCGCGUACCUGCAUGAGCGCUCUAUCGCGUUCGCGGGGGUGCCGCUGAGUUUCAAUCAGGGACAGAUGGCGCCAGCUGAGGCGCUCUGGAUCAGCGCUUACUUCGACGGGAAGGUCGAGGUUCCGGAGACGGAGGAAGAAGCCAUGGACGAGACCGUGUUGCACGCUCGGUACGCGCAGUGGCGGAAUCCGGCCGGGUAUGGCGCGCGUUUCCCCGAUUGGAUCUUUGAGACUUUGCCGUGGCUUGAUAUGGUGUAUAAUGAUAUCGGGGUGAAUAGGUGGAGGAAGAAGGGGUUGGCUGAUCUGUUUUCCCCUUAUAUGCCUGUCGCCUUUGCGGGCGUUUGGGAUGAGUAUCAGUGGAAAUAUCCAAGUGCCACGGGUAGGUAAUUCUUCGUACCCUAGGUAUUGAUGACUUUAGGUAGAUAUCAAGACUAUUGGAGACGAUACCAUGGUCAUGAAUAACCUCAAACCGCGCAUUGCCGAGCGCAAGCGUGAACAGUAAGAAAACGUGGUCGCGGGCAAAUCACCCCACCAGCCCUUAUGUCAUAUCACAUCCAAUAUGUCACAUUGCAAUAGGAACGGUUGU